AUGAUAAUAAUAAUUAAUAAUAAUAAUAAUAAUAAGUUAGUUACCAGUAUUUCAUUGUUAUCUUUGAAUAAUGACGAUGCAAUAAGACACUGUAUUCUAUCAAUCUUGGCAUUGUUAGUUGUAUUAUCAAGUGCAAGAUAUCUAUCAAGAAGAAAAGCUUGUUCAUUAUCAAGCAGUGUGGCACAAUGUCAAAAUGGUGUUUGUCCAUCGAUUGUUGCUUGUAUCCAAGAAUAUGAAAAAUCAUACUUCAAUAUCGUCGUUAUUGUCCCAGAUGGUAAUCACUUUUGCAAUCAAACAGAAUCUCAUACACUUAACUAUGAUUUAAAUAUCGAAAUACAACCAAAGCGUCGAACAUCUACUCCAACUUUUACUUGUCAAGUAAGUUUAUCAAUGGGUAAAACAUCAUUCUUGAGAUUGCAAACUUCGUACGUUUUUACAAUGAUGAUUUCAAAUAUUAUCAUUGAAGCCACUGAAACUGUUGAGAAUCGUGGAAGUUUAAUUUGCAUUGAUUCACCAUUUCACUUAUACUCGUACGAAAAAAACAACAUAUUGAUAAUGAACAAUGUCGUAAUGAACAAUGCUCAUUCAACUCUAAAUUAUGAAGCAGAGGAAGCUGGUUCAAUCACCCUUAAUGCUGUCGAUUUAAUAAUGAAUGAUUGCACCAUUACCAACUCAAAAUCAAGUGGAAACUACUCUUCCGCUAUUAAUAACUCAACCAUUACCAAUUCUCAUAGUUCUCAUAAUAAUCAUGACGGCUAUGGUAUCAGUUUUAGUGGAUACGGUCUCAAAAUCUACAACUCUAUCUUUGAUGGAAACUAUGCCGAAUCAAAUUUCAUCUCUGCAUCUGCUAAAAGCUCAGUUUAUGUACAAUCAAACAAAUUCACAAACAACAAAUCACAAUAUGGAAAUUGUUUUAGUAUCGAUUCUCCUAAAUCUAUCGAGUUUGAUUCCAAUGUUUUUGAUAACAAUAUCGGUCACUUUGCAUCUGCUUUGAGUGUUUAUACACAUUAUAACUACCUCCGCGACGCAUACUACGGCUAUUAUUUCACCAACAAUAACUUUACAAACAACGUUGCCUCAAAGACUACAUUGUAUAUUGCAACCCAAGGUAUUUAUGUUCUAUCUGGAUCGAUUUUUCAAAACAAUGUUGCAUUUGAAGCAGCUGAUAUCUAUUUUCACAAACAAAGAAUCACUUUACUUGGUGGUACCUUUAUCAAUUCAUCUUUAUUAAGUUCAAAUAAUAAUAAUAAUAAUAAUUAA